UAAACUUGAUUGGUUUAAAUUUAGCAUAACUUGACAUUUGACAGAAUCAAUGUAUAGUGUGUAAUUUGUCCGGUGUGUGUGUAUUUCAAUUGAAAGCUUUAGAGAUUAGUGUAUUUUCAAAACUGCAAUAUGUUCAAAAAGUUCGACGAGAAGGAGAGCAUAUCAGGCGUGCAGCAGCUCAAGUCCUCGGUGCAAAAGGGCAUUCGAGCUCGUCUGUUGGAGCUCUACCCUCACUUGGACAACUACAUCGACCAGGUGCUGCCCAAGAAGGAUACCUUCAGGAUUGUCAAAUGUCACGACCACAUCGAGAUCAUGGUGAACAGCGCAGGAGAGCUGCUGUUCUUCCGGCAGCGUGAAGGACCUUGGAUGCCCACACUGAGGCUUCUCCAUAAAUACCCGUUUUUCCUGCCGAUGCAGCAAGUAGACAAGGGCGCGAUCCGUUUCGUGCUCAGCGGCGCCAACAUCAUGUGCCCCGGCCUGACGUCUCCCGGAGCCAAGAUGUCUACCGUCGUGAAGGGGCAGGUGGUCGCUGUCAUGGCUGAGGGCAAGGAGCACGCCUUGGCUGUCGGCAUGACGUCGCUAUCUACCGACGACAUUGCCAAGGUGAACAAAGGCGUUGGCAUAGAGAACUGCCACUAUCUCAACGACGGCCUGUGGCAGAUGAAACCCGUCAAGUAGAGCACAAUACCUAGCUAAUAAUGUCUCUGUAUUUCUAAUUUAUUACUAAGACCUUCUAAAUAAAUUGUACGUUUAGUACUUA